AUGACCCAAUCCUUGGCACGCAUGAAAUCAGAGAAUGUCAGAGCCCUCAUCCGCAAGCAUGCUGCUUUCCACUAUGCCGGCUCGGUGGCGCUGACCGCAUGCGGCCUCUUCGUGGCCGCCAUGCAGACGCUGCAAAGUUGGGGGGUCCUGCGGCCUGCGGCAAAGGAGAAGAUUCCGACCGAGGAGCCCAAGCCGCCCGAGAAGAAUGAUGAGAUCGUCAUCCCCUUCAGCACCGAGAUCUCGGGGAGACGGCUGCGCCACAUCUCCGAGUUUGCUCUGAGGAGUCUUCCGAGCGACCUGGUAGAAGAUGGCUACGUCUUGCAACUGGCCUCUGGCCCGGGGGCUCCGCUGCUCCUCCAGAGCCAAGCGCUCCACACGAGGAAUCCCACAUGGUCUCCACCUGACGGCCUUCGUGCUGGUGCUGAGCUGCAGGCCUUCGAGUUGCGAGUCGUCGCGGCAGAGGAUGCGCGUCAGGUGCGGUGGAGCGUCGAAGUGGACCUUCGGCAGACCGACGUGGUCGGAGAGGACCUCGAGCACCUAGACCUCGUGUCUGAGCCGGUCUUGGCGCUGCGGAUGCGGAACACGGCCGCCUUGCCAGAGGUUUGGCUGACUCCGGGCGUUGGGCGCUGGGCCGGUGAGCGUCGCAGGCUUCCGAACAGGAACGCCACCAGCCGGCAGAUUCAAACCUCAGAGGUCUGUCAGUCCGGAGCAAAGGUCUCCGAGCUUUGCGGGCAGCUGCAUUUCUGGAACGACCAGACGGCAGAGCUCCAGGAGCAGCUGCAGGGCCUGCUUGAACAGCGGCGGGCAGGCCAUGCGCGGGGCGAGAAGCGUGCGGCACUCCAGAGACGUCUGGUCGAGCUUCGGGCGACUGUGGAGCGCAGGAGACAAGGUUUGGAGCUGCUGAGGGCCGAAGUGGCUGGAGAGGGAGGUGAUACAGAUGCGAGGCUAUGCUGGUGGCGCCGCUCCGCUGCUUCGCAGGCUUCCCAAGACUCCUCUGCCAGAGUGGCGGCCUAUCGGCCCACCGCUCUUCUGCUUGGCCGGCCCCUUCUGCGAAGCGCCGAGGCGCAGGUGCAGAGCUCCUUGGAUACGAUCGCGGCGAGCGAAGAGGGCAAGGCUUCGGAGCACCGCCAGAUCGGCCGUCGGCUGCGCUGCCAGCAGAUCCGCCUCCUUCACGAAGUCAGCCAGGUCUAUCCGCUGCAUGAUUGUGGCAGAUACUGGACGAUCCGGGGCCUCUGCGUUGCAAGCACCGACCGGCUGAAGCAUCAAGAUCCCCAGCCAGAGACGGAGCGUGAUGUCAAUACGGCACUGGGCUUCCUCGCCCACCUCCUGGUGACGCUCGCCCGGCUGCUCCAGGAGCAGAAGCAGGGACUCUCGGAUCCAGAGAUCUGCCGUGACGGUGCACCCUUCGUGUUGGCAGCGAUGUUCUGCACAAACGGUUGCUGCUGCUUCUGGAUACCUUUGCUCUUCUUCCUCGGUGCGGCCAAUGUUCUUCAAAGCUGCGAGAACUACGAUCGCUUCACGAUGUGGAUGAAGACCUAUCCCCUGGUCCCCAUGUGCUGCGGCAUCUUGGUGCAACUCCUAGUGAGCUGCCUGGCCUGCGUGGGGAACAGGAGCGUCUUCAAAAUGGGCCUGAGAUUGCAAGCCUUCACUGGCUUGGCCUUCGUGGCCGCUCUAGCUUGGGGCUGGUACGAGUACUCCGCCACAUCAGAGGAGGGUUGUGUGGGCUCCGACAAGAUUAACCCACGGACGCUCUCCCUCGUGUUCCUGAUCAUGGGCUCCAUCGCCGCGCCCUCCGUCAUGUGCACAGCAGUGAGCAAAGGCUGCGUCGGUGAUGUCAACUUGCGCGAAACACCCGAGCAGACUGAGGAUGCCGUCUGA